CAUCCAUUCACUCCCUGUCCUCUCCUCGCUUAGCUUUCUUCCUCCUUGGUAGAUCUAGUCUCCUUGCUGUGGGUAGCCAUGGCGGCCCCGAUGUUGAACCAGCUCAACACCCUCGUGGCCAACAUGUUCGCCGCGGGUUUGCUGGACGAUCAGUUCCAGGAGCUGCAGAUGCUCCAGGAAGGGAGCGCCCCAGACUUCAUCGACAAGGUUGUCACGCUCUUCUCCGAGGAUGGCGAGCGUAUCAUCGGCGAGAUCGCCAAGCUGCUGGACAAGCCAUGUGUGGACUAUCAGAAGUAUUGGUGCUCAGAGAGUGAAGAACAGUUGCAUUCAGUUCCAUCAGUGUUGUCAGGAGAAGAGCAGAGAUGGGUCAGUACCUUGUAUCAUUAUGUCACACUAUUGUAUUUUCGAUCAUUUUGUUACUCAAAUCUCAUACUGACUGUGAUGGCCUAGUGUGCUUUACUCAUCUACUGCAACACAUUUCCAUAUUAUUAGUGUUAGUAUAUUUUGAUGCAAUUGCAUGUUCAUUGCCUUUGUAAACUACUCAUUUUACUCAGCCUUUAUAGACACAGGUUUUGGGCGACUCCACUGAGCUUGUUGGGUUAGGAAUAUAACUGCGCUAGCACAAUUUUCUAGUUAAUCAUAUCCUUUAAUAAUGUUGUAUUAAAUGUAGGAACACUAUUCCAUGAAUGUUUAGAAACAAAAAUUGAAACGAAAAGCUGGGUUCUCUUUUUGCAGCAUUGACG